AUGGCCUAUCUACCUCACCGCACCCAUCAAGUGUUCAUAAACUUCCGAGGAAAAGAUCUUCGCUAUGGCUUCGCCAGUCACCUUAUAGAUGCUUUCGAAAGACACAGCAUCAAUUUCUUCAUAGACACGCAUGAACAAAAGGGAAGAGACCUGAAACACCUCUUUAAGAGGAUUGAAGAGGCCACAGUCGCGCUGAUAUUAUUGUCAAUAUAUAGGUAUGGGGAAUCAAAAUGGUGUUUGGAAGAGCUGCGGAGAAUCAUGGAACAAGCUGAAAGAGAAGAACUGAUAGUCAUCCCAAUCUUCUACAAGGUGACACCGAAAGAAGUGAGGAAACAAAAGGGAGCCUUUGGCUCUAAGUUCUUGAAACGGACUGAAAAAUCCAGCCGUGAAGAGAUGGAAAAAUGGCAAGUAGCUUUGAAGGCUGUGUCAAACAAGAUUGGCUUCACGUUGGAGCACAAUAGAUCCGAGUCAAAGUUCAUCAAGAAAGUCGUUAAGGAGGUUGAGAAAGUCGUAACCGCCACUCAUCCUAAUGAAGGUAACGAAAAAUAUUGUUUGAAGAAGGUGACAACUUAUGACAUCCCACUAGCUUUCCCAUGGGCAUGGUUUGGCUCAACGGCUCGACUAAUAGUUGCAGUACUCUUAGGGUUCGGCUUACUUGCCAAUACGAUUAACAAGGGUGCCUCACCAGCCAUGGUUACUAUUGUUGGUCAAACUGGCUCUGCUAUGGCGAGUUAUUGCUGCCGCAGGGCUGAUGGGUCUAUAUGA